AUGGAACUGGAACUGGUGGGGUCCUGCACAUGGGUCCUGGUGCUGGUGGCUGCAGGGCUGAGCUUGGCCAGCGCGGGCCCCGCCCCCACUUCCAAGCCCACCACAGCCUGGACGGACUGUGACUUUGGCAGGUUCAAAUCUCUGUCACCAAGGGAGCUGGAGGCCUUCAAGGAGGCCAGGGAUACCUUGGAAAAUUUGCUGAAAAGCUGGAGUUGCACCACCCGCCCCUUCCCUAGAAACCGGGACCUGAGACAGCUACAGGUGUGGGAGCGCCCCGUGGCCUUGGAGGCUGAGCUGGCCCUGACGUUGAAGGUCCUGGGCACCAUGGCUGACGCGUCCCAGGGGGACAUCCUGGACCAGCCCCUUCACACACUGCGCCACAUGCACUCCGAGCUCCAGGCCUGUGUCUUGGCUCAGCCCACAGCAGGCCCCCAGCCCCAAGGCCGCCUCCACCACUGGCUGCACCGGCUCCACGAGGCCUCGAGGAAGGAGUCUCAAGGCUGCCUCGAGGCCUCUGUCCUGUUCAACCUCUUCCGCCUCCUCAAAAAGGACCUGGAAUGUGUCGCCAGUGGAGACCUGUGUGUCUGA